UUCUCUCUCCCCUUCUUCUCUCCCUCCCCUUUCUCGCCGCUUCAAAUCUCUCCCCCCCGCCCUCAUCCCAUUUCUUUCGGCCGCCACGCCGACUCGCUGGCCUCAUUAGACGACUCUCUCUUGCUACAUCUGCCGCUCGAGAGUCUUUAUUAUAUACCCAACCAACCCGCCCGUACUUCUCUCCUGCGUCGUGUCGCCCUGACUACGACCGACGCCAAUAGGAAAGGUUUUGUCGUGGGGGUCGAAGCUACAGAGAGCUAGCUGCCAAGCGUGCCCUGUUGAACCAGCAUCACGAAAAUCAUAUAAUCCCCUGCUCACGACUCUCUUCUCCAGCGAUCUUCUCUUCUUCUUCUCCUUGUUCUUCUUCUGUUCAGGUUUUCACGACGCACAAACAAACGAAACCGACGAGCGAGCGAACUGCAUCUAUCCGCCGCCGUUGCCCGCCAUGACCUCUCAACUGAAUUACGACGAAAUGUAUCACGACCCAACAAACCGCUCGACUCCCGCAGGAAACUCGAACCGCCCAUACCCAAAUAUCGGUGGAGGCGGAGGUGGACAGCGCGCCGUCUCGAGCAACUUUGACCCCUACGCACAACAGCAGCAGGGCCAGGGAUACCUGCAAAACGAGUACGCCGCCAUGCGCUACGAUGCCCAACGCCCCGAUCGCCUCCCUCAACCCCAGACGCUCUACCAGGCACCGGCCUUCAACGCCUACGAUGGUGCGCAGACCUGGAGUAACAACCCUUCCGCGGCCUUCAGCUCGACCAUGGGCCCGCCCUCGCGGAACCGGGCACAGGCGCGGAGGGGAGCCCUGCCAGCAACCUGGUUAGACCAGCCACAACAGCAGAAUGCGCCGUACCCCAGCUUGCAGACCCAGCAACCAAUGCAGGGCAUGCCGAACGGACACCAGCCGUCGAUGUACCACGCAUCCCAGUUGGCGCAGCCACAGCGACAGGACCGCCAGGGUUCAUCGACCGAGGACAGCGCCUCCGAGGAGCUGAUUCCGACGGCUAUUGUCAUAAAGAAUAUCCCGUUUGCUAUCAAGCGUGAGCAGCUCACGGAUGUGAUGUCCGAAAUGCACCUGCCCCUGCCGUACGCCUUCAACUAUCACUUUGACAACGGCGUUUUCCGCGGACUUGCAUUUGCGAAUUUCUCGAGCCCAGAGGAGACGGCAGCCGUCAUCGAUGCUAUGAACCACAUGGAGCUACAGGGUCGCAAGCUCCGCGUCGAGUACAAGAAGAUGCUGCCGCUGCAGGAACGGGAGCGCAUCGAGCGCGAGAAGCGUGAGAGGAGGGGACAGCUUGAGGAGCAGCACCGACCUAUGCAGAUGGGUGUGCACAACUCGGCUUCCAUCUCCUCUUUGUCCUCUGCCCUGCCUGCCACUUCGCCGUCGCCUGUGUCCAUGCGCGGCCAGCAAGAGACGAAAAUCGACAUGAACGAUGCCACGACUCUUGACUACUACGGCCGCCUCGUUGUCUUCAAAGACGACGAGACCAGACGCAUGUUCGUCGUCGAGCCUCCCGUGCCCGCGACCUACCGCCGCGUCCUGCACGAACUGGCCCACAAGCUAGGCCUUGAGCACGAGUCAGCCGGAACCGGCGACAUGCGCCACGUGCAGAUCUUCAAAGACAAGCGCAGCAACCCGCUAUCCAUGGGGUCUGGCCUGCUCUACAACGACACCUCGCGCCGCGGCCUCGCCCGCGCCGCCACAAUGGACUUCAACGAGUCGCGUGACCCGCUUUACCACACCCUGCGCAACGCCACCUCGGCCCUCCUCGAUGUGCCAAGCUCUCCCGGCACCCUGACCGGCGCCCCACGCUCGCUGCGCGAAGCCAAAUCCUUCGGCGACCUACAAGCGCGCACCUCGUCGCCUGCUCUCUCGAGCUCCUCGUUCCCCGCCAACCUCUCCCACAACGCAGCGCGCUACGCCGAUUACCAAAACGCGCAGCUUCCCCCGCGCGACGACUACCUGCCUGCCGCUUUCUCCAACCUAGCGCUCGGCUAUGAGCGCGGCGGCACGGCACCACGUAUCCCCACCGCCGGCGCGAUCGGGUCGCAGCGCUCGUCGCACGGGCUGUCAACGUAUGAGGAUGUGCAGCGUGGUGGGGCUGCGGGAGGCGGGGCUGUGGAGCGGCAGCCGCGCGGGCCGGGGUCGGAGUGGGGAGCUGGAUUUGCGAGGGCGCGCACGAAUGGACAUGCGAGCCGGGGGAGUGGGGAGUUGGAUCUGGGGGAGGUGGAGGCGGAGACAAGACAGCAGCAGCAGCAGCUUGAUGGCGGUGGUGGUGGUGGUGGGGUGUCGCUUUUACGAUACGAUGUUUCCUCAUGAGACGAUGCUUUUAUGACCGCAUGAUGGAUGAUGGGAUGAUGGGGGUUGCCUAGAAUGAGGUGUGUGUGUUUGAAGAUGGUGGAGGUUGGUAUAUGACGCAACUCGGCAACGCAAGAAGCUGGGUUGAGUGUUGAAAUGAAACGCGCGACGACGGACGAAUUGAUGGACGAAGCCCGAUGAUUGAAACGGAUCCUGAAGUUAGAUUGUGCAUUUUUCUGCUUUUUCGCAAACCGUUUUACGUCUUCUGUUUUUGGCUUAUUUAUUACGUUUUUUUGGGGAGGGGACGGAGAGGAAGUUGGUCGUCGCGACUAGGAGGGUAAUGAUACCAGGACAAGCCCUGUGUGAGGGGGCAGUCAAGAGGAAGCUGUGGACGACUUUGAGGAGACUGCAGACUAGGAUAGGGGGUUGGGUGGAGGAUAUCAUACGUUUAUAUGCGGCGCGUGCGUUGGGAGGAAACUGUAUUAAUAGUGCACAAAUUUGCGAAACUGGGGAAAACGGGAAACAAGGAACCAAGAUACGAGAGACAGAGAAGGGGAGAGCGCUAGCUAUCUUAUGUUUUGACGAAGGGGGAUGGAAAGGGGUGGGCGGCUGGAUGUGGAGAUUUAAUGCAUGUUGACUGGAUCGAUCGAAUUAUCUUUGUGCGGUGUCUUCAUCUUUAUUGUGUUCGUUUUGCUGCGGGCUUUUGUUUUCUGUGAUGUUGUGAUCUCUCUAUUCUUUCUCUCUAUUUCUUCUUCGAUUUUUACCUUCUUCUCUUGGGGCUUGGAAGAGGGCUUUGUGGCUGUGAUGCAUAUGUGUGGAUUGGAUGUGGCGUUUGUCUUGUCUUUGGAAGCUAGAGAUUCCGUGGGCGACCUGUUUGCUUGAAUUCAUGAUGAUGAUUAUCACGAUGCUGGAUGCGAGUGUGCUUUUUGCGUGCAC